AUGACGAUUUGGCAAGCUAUUAGGAAACAGUUUCACAAUCUUAGAAUGAGAGACUAGAUUUUUUUGGUCAAGAUUUGUGCUUUUUUAGUCAGUUUCAUAUUGAUUGUCUCAUUUUACAUUGUUUAGAAAAAUGUAAUAAUUGGAAUAUAUGAAAAUUCCUCUACUAUAGUUUUGUAGCGUUAAGACAAAAGCGCGCUUAACCUCCUUCUCCCCUAACUAAAUUAUUAUCUCAUCUCAAAAUAAUAUCAAAGUAUUUUUUCUUAUAUUUUCAAAGGGAUAUAGCUUUUAACAAGUUUGGGUUCUCUUUAUUCAUAAUUGGAUCAUUUUCAAAUAUCAGAAUAAUCUAAGGAUUCACUAAAGUGUGAGACCUAAGAGGAGAAGGAUUUUUUAUUUUCACUCCCGCAACUUUGCUUAACUUGUUACCUUUGUAAGGAAGGAAAUUAACUGCCAUAAAUGUAAAAAUAUCAGGACUUAUAAAAAUUCUCCAGAUUACUAUCAGAAUAUAUUCUCUUAUUUGAUACAACCUAAAAUAACAGAAUCUUCUAUGUGGCAACUGGAGACAUUUAAGUUGGGUUUAUUUUUCCUUAAGUUAUUUACGAUUGGUCAUUCUCCCCUUAAACAAAAAAUUGGUUUGUAAACCAUUUAGAUAAGUAUUAAUAGGAUAAAGAUUAAAAAUACUUUUUCUCAAAACUUUACUUUUCAGGCACUUAAUUUAUAUAUAAAUAAACUAUUUCUUAUUCUUUAGAAAAUUAAUAUACUAAAACCUUAGAUGCAAUAGCAGGUACUGACAUUGAUGCUGAAGACCCUGAUAUGAAGUUAAUUUAAGCUAACACUUACUUAUUAAAUCAAGAAGGACAAAUAAUAUAUCGAAAAGUUAAUCUAAAUCUCCCAGUUACAGAUUUGAAUUUUAUAUACGAAGAAAAUAAAACAGGAUUCAAUAAAACUGAUUGGACGGAAAUUUUAAAUUUCGCCAAUCAAAAUCCCAGCAUUUCAAAUUGUUAACUGGAUGAAAAAUAAAUUUUAUGUAGAUACAAUUCAAUUUACAAAAAACCCAUUAAGAUAGUAGCUAGUCUAAUCCCUGGAAAUUUUACAUUAAUGAUGUAAUUUUAAGUUUAAAGUCUAGGUUUACUAAUGCUAGCUUUGAGCAUAUUUUACAAAAAAAUUUCAAGGACCUCGAAUUUAUGGUUGAAGAGGUGAAUGAAAGAGCUUUUUAUAUCUAAAUAAUUACAUCUUGCUCUUUAAUUUUCAUUUCAAUGAUUAUUGUUAUAUUCAUUUUUCGCCCUAUUCUCAGAGUAAUGACUACUGCCAAAAUAUAUAUUAAAAAAAUGGGUAAUAAUGUGGAUAAGGAACUCUUCAAGUUAAUGAAUAAAAAGAAGGAGGGCAAUAGUGUUUUCGACAACUUAGAACUUUAAAUAAUAAAAUUCAGUGACAUCUUAACUAAAAAUUAACAAUAAAAAGGAAUUAUUUGCAAGUAAAUCGAAAAAUAUUAAUACUCAAAACAAAUGAUUUAAUCAACAAAAAUUGAAUUAUUAUGUGAGUGUACCAAAAUCUAAUUAACUAGUUAGAUAUCUAUUACAAACAAACAUUUACAAUAAAUGAUUUCUCAAUUAAUAAAAUAAUUUAAUUAAUAUAAUCACCUGUCAAAAACAGUUGAACUGUCUAAGUGA